GAAACUCACACGACGCAGCUCAGUGUAGGGUUUGGAGCCUGCAGUUAAUUUGUCAAAAGAAUUCAAGAUGGAACAGACCAGAUAUAACUUACGGAGGAAGUCCAGAGAAGGUCAAAAGAUGGACCAAAGAAUGGAUGAAAGACUGGACCAGAGUCUACCAACUCAAGAAACAAAUGAUGUCCGAGUGAUUGAUGAGAGUGUGAACGUGCCCAGCGUGAAGACCGCAGAAUCAAGCCAAGUUCAGACAUCUCGACCGGCUCUCAUUGUUCUCCUCAUAUUCUUUUUAUCGGUCUGUGUCAUGGGUUUGGUCUACUGGAGCUUCCCAGAAAUAGAUGAAGAUGAUAUAGAACACAUCAAACUGCCAAGGAAAAUGGAUGACGCCAAAGAUUUAGGAAAGGUCUUAUCACGUUAUAACGAGCAAAACUCCAUUGCUGUUAUGGCUGCCUUCUUCAUUACAUAUAUAUUUUUGCAAACUUUUGCUAUUCCAGGUUCAAUAUUUCUGAGUAUAUUAUCAGGAUUUUUAUUCCCGUUUUUCAUCGCUCUCUUUUUAGUUUGUUUGUGUUCUGCCAUUGGAGCCAGUAACUGCUACAUGAUAUCAUAUUUUGUUGGAGUUCAGUUAGUUCAGAAGUACAUUCCUGAGAGAGUAGAAAAGUGGUCAGCAACGGUUGCAAGACAUCGAGAGCAUCUUCUAAAUUACAUCAUAUUUCUGAGAAUAACGCCAUUUUUACCAAACUGGUUUAUCAACAUCACCUCACCUAUAUUAGAAGUAUCUAUCUGGCCGUUUUUUGUCGGUACUUUCCUUGGUGUAGCGCCCCCAUCGUUCAUCGCAAUCCAGGCAGGUACAACUCUCUAUCAGUUAACCCAUGCGGGCGACGCCCUCUCAUGGACCUCUGUCAUCAUCUUAGCCAUCUUAGCAGUCUUAUCUAUUCUACCGGCUGUCUUCAAACAAAGACUACAAGAAAAGUUUGAAUGAAUUCUGUAUUUUAUCCAGCAUCAUGGAGAAGUUUGAGUCCUCGCCGUUGUUUUGAAUCGUGAAAGAAAGCGACAAUGUGAGUUGGAAAAGUUGUUGAGGAUGGACCUAAAAAGAAAGAAAUCGCCAAAAUCAUAACCAGAGACAAUUCUGUCAUAGGAAACACACACUGGUACAUGGAAGUUUUUGCUGGUAAUUUUUUUUAUAGCAGUAGAUUGACUAACUUAUGCUGCAUUAUUGUAAAGCAUUUCUAGACUUUGAAGUGGGGUGGGGGGGGGGGGUGGCACUGAAGGGCAUUUAAAGUCAUGCUAAAACUCAAAACAUGCAUGUAGUAUUUGAUGUGGCAUACUGAGGGGGGGGGGGGCUGGGCUUUACCCACCCCCCCCGUUUUUCACUACCAAGAAAAAAAGAAAAGAACCUAAAGGACAGAGAGAAGGGUGAAAUAUAAUAUUUUCUGAAUGCUAUGUCAAAAUAUAUCACAAAUUUGGAUUUUUGUCAUAAGAAAUGCUAAACAAUUUGCUCGCUCGCAUACGCGAUAUCUGGCCCCCCAAAUUUUUUGGGCAUGUUAUGCAUCUGAACCAUAGAGUAGGUACACCAAAGCGAUUGACCAUUGGGCUUAGCCAUAAUGGUAUGAGAUGAUCAGAGAAUUAAAUACAAACUUAGAUAUCUACUGAGUAGCGCAUAUCCACUGACCAGUGGGGUGGUUCAUUAUAUGUUGCACGCAACUAUUAAUUUGUGA